AUGACUUCAGUAAAACCUUUCCAAAUGACAGAUUUGUUUGAGACAAAUCCAGUCAAUUUAGAUACAUUGACUGAGAAUUUUAACCCAUCAUUUUAUUCACAAUAUCUCAUUGAAUGGCCAUCACUUUUCUUUAAAUCUGUAGAGAUUAGUCGAGAUUUUGGACAACAAGAAGAGAUUAGUGGAUAUAUGAUGGGGAAGACUGAGGGGAAGUUGGACAAAAAGGAGUGGCAUACACAUAUUACUGCGGUCACUGUGAAUCCUCAAUAUCGUAGACUUGGAUUGGCGUCAUAUUUGUGUUCGCAUUUAGAAAAGGCAACCAGUGGAGAUCCAUAUAAUACAUUAUUUGUGGACUUAUUUGUCAAGGUUACCAAUACAUUGGCAAGACAAUUAUAUGAGAAGUUGGGUUAUAGUGUAUACCGUAGAGUGAUUGGAUAUUAUGGACGAGAAAUGCCUAUAGAUAGGAAUCAAAUAGAUGACCAAAUUGAUGCAUUUGAUAUGCGGAAACUGUUGCCGAGAGAUGUUAAAAGGGAAACAAUUAGAGAGAAUGGUGAUAAGGUUUAUGUGAUGCCAUACGAAGUUGUAUUUUAA